AUGGGCGAUGGCGGCAAGUGGGUGUGCGGCAUGUCAAGAUAUGUUGACUUCCCGGCCGACAGGCAGUGUAUCAUUUACUCCUUUGGUGUUCGGGACGAGUCAAGCUUUGAGAACGAAAUGUUGAGCCGAACAAACUGCACCGUUUGGGCAUACGACUUCUCGGUUGUCGACUUUGGCGAGCAGCUUGAGACCUGGAACCGCGAUCGCGCCCACUUCCUUCAAGCUGGCAUUGCGGGCAAGACAGACAAGACGAAGAGCCCCCCGUUCUACAGCAUUGCGGAGCUUAUGAAGAUGAACAAUCACGAGUACAUUGAUAUCCUGAAGAUGGACAUUGAAUUCGCCGAGUUUGAGGCCAUGGACGGCCUCAGCGACGACUUUCCCCUGGCCCAGGGACUCGAGCUGCCCAUCGGCCAGCUGAUGGUCGAGAUUCACUUCUUCAAUGGCUUCACCUCGAAGAACUACCUGGACUGGUGGGAACGUCUCGAAGCCCGCGGUUUGCGCCCGACCUGGACCGAGCCGAACCUGCUCGCCGUCACGUUGAAUCUCGCUGGUGGCAAAGACCCCAUCCUGGCCGAAUACACGCUAAUCAACGCUCACGACAAACGAAACAUCAUUUUUGGCAACGUGGAUUGA